AUGGAAACAGAAUUCGAAUCGAACGGUUGGUGUUUUGUUUUUUUAUCAGCUGAACUCAUUUUAAAUUCAAGCGUAGCUAAAAAACUGUUGGAAUUUUUCGAAUAUGAUGAAACCAAGAUUCUAUAUUCGCAAUCUCAGGAAAUUUAUGGCUAUUCAAAAGUGAAUCAUAAAGAAGGUAUCAAACUAUUAACUGGAAGCUAUUUUGGCCAAUUCGCAAAUAAAGGAUUCGUACCAGUGACACUUGUUGAACCAUUAAACUAUCUUUCACAAGCACUGGAUGCUGUAACAAAACGUUUAAUUGAACUUCUUGAUCAGAAUUCAGUAUUUCAGCACAAAUCAUCUUUAUCAUCUCUCAUAAAACGUGCUGAUCUUCCUUUACAAGAUGAACAUUUUGGUAUGCUUGAUAUUGUAAACUAUUUCAAUAUGAAAAGUGGUUUUCAACCACCUACGGAUGGACAAACAACUGAGGAAGUUAAUUGUGUUCCACAUUAUGAUCCAGGUUUACUUUCACUCAGUAUUUUAUCGACACAUGAAGGACUUCAAUUGAAAAAUUUGGUGAAUAAUGAAUGGAUAGAUGGACCUUUGGAGUCGAACAUUGGUGUCAUAUGGUUGGGAGAAGCAGCAUCUCGAAUAACAGAAAAUCGACUCAAACCAGGUAUUCAUCGAGUUGUUUACCCUCAAGUAUCAAGACCUCGACUUACAGUCUGGUAUGAAUUAUGUACAAUUGAACAAUUGAAAAACAUAAGCGAUGCAAAAAAACAUGAAUUAAUGGAUAAUGGUACCGUUACGUUUAAAAAUAUUCCUUGGUUGUCUCCAAUGACUGUUUUGUUUGGUGAGAGAAAGCUAGAUUUUUUGAAACGAGUUGAAAUGUCAGCCGGUUUAUCAAUGAGUAAAAUGGAUCCUCCGACUUAUCAACUUCAAAAGUAUGUCAUUUCAUAUCCAAUAAUUGGUUGGAAAAAUCGAAUUAAGAAUAUACUGAUCUAUGUAAUAAAUGUUUUCGUAUGUGUACAACAGUACUUUAGUAAGAAUUGACUAGAUUCAUAGUUUACAGUUCAAAAUAACUAUUGUUAUUUCCAUUUUCAACAUUUUAUUGGUAUAUGACAGAAAGAAUAUUUUCUAGUUCUACAAAAACAAACGUAUUUCCUUCAUCAAAACGUUCGAUAUCGUAAUUGAUUUAAUGAUUAAUACCAAUCUCAUUUCUCUCUGUUUUUUCUUAAUUAAAAAGAACUUAAUAAUUUAAAUGAAGAGAAUUACUGUUUUAAAUUUUGUAAUGAAUCAUAAGGAUCAGUCUUUUUAUGUGUAACGAGAUCUGCAUGAAAGUCUCAUUGAUAGACUUCUUACAAUCUAAAUAAAGAAAACUGUGAUGGUGAUAGUGAACAUCUCACAAUUGUUAUACAAUGAAAAAGAUUUCAUAUAAGAGCUUUAUUUAAUUUAUUGUAAUUCUGUAUUUAUAAAAGUGUAGAUUCGAACAUUCUUUCUUCAAUAAAAUAUGUGAAUCUCGCCAGUAAUUAAAUUACAAGAGGUAAACAAUUAUCAUGUGGUAACAUGCGGCUUUAUAAUUAUCUAGAUGUUUCUCAGAUUGAAGGAAUUGGCUCUAGAAAUGGAAAUUUACCUAUGUAUGUCUAUCUAUCUGUAGCAUCAUAGCUGUAUGGUAACACGAUGAUUCAAAUGAUGAGAAACAUGAUUAGAAUAAUCAAAACUAUGAUCAAAAUGAUCAAAGAAAUAGUUAUUGAUUUCACAGAAAUAUAGUUUAGGUGACCAGAAAUAUCGACGAAGUAGUCAUCAAAUUGGUUGUGGCGAUCACAGAUAGGGUCCAAGCGAUCAAAAAUUUGGGACAAAUGAUCAUAGUUACAAGACCAUUACUGUAUUACAAGCAGACAUGAGACCACUACCUCAUACUAAGACCAAGUGAACCAGCUCUCGAUGAGUGUUACUUAUUAUUAUUUAACAAAAACAAGAAUUUGAGGGUGUGGAUGUGGAUGGUAGGAUUCUUCUUUCUAGAGGUACACCCAAAUCAUCAGCUUCCAUAAUUGCACUUUGUCUACCGAUCAAUUUUAUGCGGCUAGUAGACGUUUCUUUAAUAUCCACUGUGCUGUGAGGUGCCAAUCCUUCACCGCUAGUUUCUCUUUACUGCAUGAUCUGUUGAAAUCCACUUCCUCAUUUUGCCCUAUCCAGAAUAAAUACUCAUAGAUUACAGCAUAAGUCAAGGCAGGGCUUUUCGUUCUAUUCAAUUCAAUCUUUCUCACACACAACAAUCAUCACAUUCACCGCUGUUGCUCACAUUGACGUAAAGAUAGUGACUGGCUCACCCGAUCAAAUGUCACAUUGUAAAGACAUUUUACUAAGAAAACAUCUGUUUCCUACUUUUGCUCACUUUGAACUUAAGGUUAGGACUCAAUCCACUGCUGAGAGAUCCCGUCACAAUGAAACAUUUCUAAAGAGCUUUCUUCCCACCUCUUUUGCACACCUAGAUGCAAAGCCUAAGGCAUCGACCAACUAAUCAAACAUCACAUGGCAAACGAACAUUACUUAAAAACUUCCGUUCCUCCUUCUGUUCACUUCGAAGCCAAAGUUGCGCUUCAGUCAUUAGAUCAAACAUCACAUGGUAAAGGAACAUUCCUUAUAAUACUUCUGUUUCCUUCUUUUGCUCACUUUGUCGGAAAUAUUGAGAUGAAGUCAGCCGAUCAAACAUCAUAUAGCAAAGGAGAAUUAUUCACAAGACUUCUGCUCACUUCUUUUGCCCACUGCACAGCGAAGGUUGAGAUUUGAUCAUCCGAACAAACAUCCCAUGGUGGACGAACAUUACUAAAAAAAACUCCGGUUUACGUCUUUUGAUCAUGUCAAAUCAUAGGGUGCGACUCGAUGAGCUGAUCAAACGUGACAUGACAAAGAAAUAUUAGUAAGAAGACUUUUGUUAUCCUCUUUUGCUGAUAUUUAAGCAAAGGUUACGACUUGACAAAUUGAUUGAGCAUCACAUUAAACAAGAACAUCACUAAGAAGACAUCGGUUUACAUUUGUGCUCAAUUUCAAACAAAAGUUGUGCCUCGGUCAGUUGAUCCAAGAUCGCAUGACAAAGAAACAUUACUCACAAGACUGUUGUUCACUUGUUCUGCUCAUUUCGAACCAAAGAUUGCGACUUGGUCAGUUGAUCAAAUAUUACAUACGAAAGAGACAUUUAUAAGGAUAUUUCUGUUCUCUUCUUUUGCUCACUUUGAAACAAAGGUUGCAACUCACCCAGCUCAUCGACAAAUCAUAUGGCAAAACAGCAUUAUUCAAAAGAUUUCUCUUCACCGAUUUUUCUUACUUGAAAGCAAACGUUGCAAACCAGGCAAUCGGCCAAAGAUUACAUCGUAAAGGAAUAUGCAUAAUGAUACUUCUAUUCACCUCUUUUACUGAGUUCGAAGCAAAGGCUCCGACUAGGUCACUUGAUUGAAAAUGACAUGAAAGGGAAGCAUUAUUCACAAGGGUGCUUUUCACCUCUUUUGUUCAUUUUGAAGGAAAGGUUCCGACUUGGUCAAUUGAUCAAACAUCAUAUCGAAGAAGAACAUUACCGAAAAGAUUUCUGUUCACUGAUUUCGCUCGCUUCAAAACGAAGAUCGCGACUCGUUCAGUUCAUCAAACAUCACAUGACUAAGAAACAUUCAUAAAGAUACUUCUGUUCACUAUUUUUGCUCCUUUCAAAGCAAAUGUUGCCACUUCGGUCAGUCAUUUGAAGGUUAGAUGGACUUGUGUGGGGUGUGUGAGUGUAGGUGUGAGUGUGGGGUGUGGGUGUGGGUGUGGGUAUGGGUGUGGGUGUGGGUAUGGAUGUGGGUGCGGGCGUGAUUAUGAGACACCCAUCGACAACCACACCCAU